CUGACUGCUGUCGGAAGUGUGCAGUUCAUGACGCUUUCCUGCUGCCGUGGAGGGGUCUAUUUCCGUUCUCUCCAGCUGAGCAGCAAGAGCCGCAGCACGAGCAGCCGCCUGAAAAUCCCCCUUCGCUUUCCCAAGGCUCUAUCGGCGGGAGAACAGAAGGAUGUUUGCAGUGUGCCAGCCAGACGUCCCCCGGAAUGCUCCAUUCCACGAGAGCAAGCGGGACCCCAUGCUGGGCACAGCCUUCCUCGGAGAAUGGGAGCGCAGGCAGGACAAGAAUUUCAACUUUGUGGAGGAAGGGUAUGACAGCAAUGAGAACUGGAACCAGGCGGUGGUGAGGACCCGGAUGGAGGGGGACUCCGGCCAGCUAGAAAACAUGACAAAUCCAGCCGAUAAUCUGGUGUUAUUAAUGCAGAGACAGACAGCUAAGGGCAGGCUUAGGGAUGCUCCCCCAGGGCUGAAGUCAGACGAGCUGGGCCUCUCCAAGGAGGAUGUGCGCAGCCCCCCUGAGGGAGCCGAGGUCAGUGGCACCGAGAAGGAGAAAGCGGCUACCGAGAAUGCAGCCAAAGAAUGCAACAAGUUGGCUGGCUCCCCCUUAGAAGACAAUGGCUAUGCCAGCAGCUCCCUCAGCUUUGACAGCCCAGACAGUAGCACCAGCAAUUCCUGGGAGGCUCCCACCGCUGACACCAAUGACCUGAGGAACCAGCCAGAUCCUCAACUGCCCGACAAUAAUGCUGAAAACAUCUCCGACUCAGACACCAGCUUCCCAGUGCUGGCUGAGGCCUUCCAGAUCCUCCAGGACAAAAUGAGAUUCAAGGAGCGAGAAAAGGAGAAGCACCACCUCCACUUGGUGAUGUAUCGGCGCCUGGCCCUGCUGCGCUGGAUCCGCGGCCUCCAGCAGAAAGUGGUGUUUCAGCAGAACCAGCUCCAGGAGAGCUUCGACACCAUCCUGGACAACCGCAAAGAGCUCCUCCGGUACAUCCAGCAGGGCGUGGUGUGCCCCAAGGCACCGGGUCACGCUGGCCUGUGAAAGACUCUCCUCCCCCACCUGUCAUAGUUCAGAUCCAUCCCCUCCCCUCCAGCCUGCACCCACAUCUAACUAGCUGUCCCACCUGGGCAGGCUGCCGUGAUGUGCUCUUGCCUUAUGCACGCAGGGAUUUUGUGACGCAUGAGGACACCAUCCCCGACAAAUGCCACAUGGUAUUUAUGAGUCGUUAGAAGCAUGUUCCAGUCCAUUUCAGUGCAUGGCCCUAGCUGACAGCACCAGAGACAGGUCUGAAAUGUGCCCAAUUAGCGGCUGAGAAGUCCGGGACUGGGAGGAGCUGCUCCCGUUUGAAAUAAGCCUGAUCAACCCUUCCUCGCCCCCACCCUGCAUGAUGCAAUAUUCCUUUAGCGCAAAUCAUUAACCCUCCGCCAGCUGAUCAGCAGCCACGAUUCACCAAUGUUCCCAGGCCCCAGUCUCACUGGAGACGUCACCCGAGGCCUGGAAUUGCUAGUGAAUGGGCAUAGGCCAGCUGACAAGCUAGUACCUGAUUGGUUGCAAGAGGGUUAUUUAUGGGUGGAAUGUUCCAUUCCAACCAUGCCUCUGGGGAUGUUCUCCUGCCCUCUCUCUGUGCCCAUGGGUGGCUUGUGAUCUACUGGCUGGGGAAGGCUAGGCCCCAGCCCCCGCCUCUUCCACACCUCCCAACCACAGCCAGGCCCACCCCCGAGGCUGGCUAGUGCUGGCAGCCACUUUCUUCCCCAGUCCCAGAGUGCAGAGAGCGUGUGCAGUGGGACCAUGCGGCGCAUGCGGCUCCCACAUGUUCAUCACUGCGAUGGGAUUGGGUGCCCGCCUAGACUGGGCUUGUCUUGUGUUUAUGGCCAAGGCCUUGUCAGGAACAGAUUGGGCAUGUCCAGCGAGUGCUGCAAGAAUCGAUGGGUUGCAUAUGCUCAGGGACUGUAAUCUGCAGCAAUGUGUGGUGUGCUUUGAGUGGAAAAGUCCAUCUGGUGACAAAUGCCCUUGGUUGAGCAGAGCAUUUCAGCCCAUGCUUGAAUUCCUUCCUAGCUGGCAACGCUCUUCAGUCCACGCUUACUUUAAGCACGUGCUCAGACUGUAGCUUUCAAGGCCAUCUGACCUCCUUCACAGCAUGGCCAGAUCAUGUCACCCAGGGUAUGUCUACACUACCCUCCUAGUUCGAACUAGCGGGGUAAUGUAGUCAUACCGCA